AUUCUGAGACCUCAGUGAGACAACUCCACAGGAUUGCUAGGAGUGAUAGAUAAAAACAAAUCUAUUAUUUUACAUUAAUUAAGUUUAGUUUCAGGCCAAACAAAUAUAUAAAGAUGUCAGGUCCAUCACAACACAAGUAUCGUUACAAGAACCAGGGAUUAGAUUCAGCAGAAAUGCGGAGACGGCGAGAAGAAGAAGGUGUACAGCUCAGAAAACAGAAGCGAGAACAACAGUUAGCCAAACGACGGAAUGUAAAUGACCUUACAGCUGGACUGGGGGAAGAUGAAGCUGUUGAAUCAUCGAUGAACCAGGAAAGUAACCAACAGGGCGGUGUUGUAGGCGGUAGCCUGAUCACUGCUGAAAUGGUGCAAGUUCUCUACAGUGAUGAUCUUGAAGCUCAACUCAAUGCCACACAAAAGUUCCGUAAACUACUUUCAAGGGAACCAAAUCCACCCAUAGAUGAAGUUAUCCAGACUGGCAUUGUUCCAAAAUUUGUUGAAUUUCUUCAAAGGGAUGGACAUUGUACAUUACAGUUUGAAGCAGCCUGGGCACUAACCAAUAUAGCUUCUGGCACCAGUACACAGACUCGGAUUGUGAUAGAAGCUGGUGCUGUCCCUAUUUUUAUUCGUCUUUUGAGUUCUGAUUUUGAAGAUGUCCAAGAACAAGCUGUGUGGGCCCUCGGAAACAUUGCAGGAGACUCACCUGAUUGCCGAGAUUAUGUCCUCUCAGAAAAUAUCCUAAUGCCUUUAUUACAACUCUUAAGCAAGUCCACUCGUCUCUCAAUGACUCGCAAUGCCGUCUGGGCCCUCAGCAAUCUAUGCAGGGGGAAGAACCCACCUCCUGACUUUGGACGCGUGUCUCCUUGCCUCCCAGUCCUCUCCAGACUCCUCUUCCAUAGUGAUCCUGAUGUAUUAGCUGAUGCGUGUUGGGCUCUUAGUUAUCUUAGUGAUGGACCUAAUGAGAAAAUUCAGGCUGUCAUUGAUGCAGGAGUGUGUCGCAGACUUGUUGAACUUCUUAUGUUUAAUCAACACAGUGUAGUGGCAGCGGCUCUAAGAGCAGUUGGUAAUAUUGUUACAGGCGACGAUGUGCAAACGCAGGUAAUUCUCAACUGUUCUGCCCUGCCUUGUCUAUUACACUUGUUGUCAUCCCCGAAAGAAUCCAUCCGGAAAGAGGCAUGUUGGACAAUCUCAAAUAUUACUGCAGGCAACCGCUCUCAGAUCCAAGCAGUUAUAGAUGCCAACAUUUUCCCUGUGCUCAUUGAAAUCUUGGGCAAAGCAGAGUUUAAGACUCGGAAAGAAGCCGCUUGGGCCAUCACUAAUGCCACUUCUGGAGGAACUCCGGCUCAGAUUAGAUAUCUUGUUGAGCACGGCUGCAUAUCUCCACUAUGUGACCUGUUGACUGUGAUGGAUGCCAAAAUAGUCCAGGUGGCUCUGAAUGGCAUCCAGAACAUACUCCAGCUUGGUGAACAAGAAGCCAAGACUACAUUUGGUGUUAAUCCAUAUGCUGUGCUGGUAGAAGAAUGUUAUGGUCUAGAUAAGAUUGAGUUCCUUCAAAGCCAUGAAAAUUUGGAGAUAUACCAAAAGGCCUUUGAAAUCAUUGAACACUACUUUGGAGGAGAAGAAGAAGACUCAAAGGUGGCUCCCUCAGUUGAUGAAUCAGGACACCAAUUCCAGUUCAAUCCUGAGGCGGGUGCACCUCCUCAAGGAGGGUUCAAUUUCUAACAGGAACCACUCAGUCCGGAAGUGGAGUUGCCCAUAGCUAGAAACUUAUAGCCUCUGGACUCUUGAUGGGAGUUUUUUCUUUGUGCUGCAUGAUUCUGUAGGUCAAGAGGUGACUGACUCCUGCAGGAUUCAUUGUGGCUUUUGUAUUUUGAAAUGCUACAGCCAUAUUAUUUUUAUUAGACAAUGGGAAUGCCUUACUCUUAACUGCAAACAAGUAAAAAGGUAGUAAAGGUAGCUUCCAAAUUGAUAAAGCGAAACGUCAUUAAAUGAGGGUGCCAGUACCUAUGAAUUUUGAAAAUUAAUGAUAAUUACCAAUUUUCUUUUUUCAUGUUAGAGUUGAGAUCAAUACUCUGUAGCGUGUUGUCAUUAUUCUGACCAUAUCUGGGAUUAUGGUAUAGCUAUUCCAGAAUUAUGGUAACUCUUCUUGCCCUUCUCAUAAAAAAAGAAGAAAAAAAACUAGAUUCUUUAUACACAAUUUCCAAAGAUUAUUUAGCCCCUCACAAUUUUCCUAUUAUAAUUGUCUGUCAAGCCAGUGCAUAGCUUGACUGACACAAGAAACUAUAUUAUAGUCUCAGUGUUCCUUGUGAUGCCCCAUCACAAAGGUCAACUUUUCCUCUGUUGAACUAAGUAUACCGUAUAAAUUCAUGAAUUGUUUUGAUCGUUUGAAAUGAAGUGCUGCAAAAAAAGCAUCCCCCCCCCCACCUUUUUUAAGGCUAAGAACCAUAGCUUACAGCCUACUGUAUUAGACACAGUAUAUGAUAUGUACCUUGGGAAGGACUUGUGAAAUGUUCCUUGUUCUGUGGACAUCAGUUUAUAAAUAUAUAUAUAUAUAUAAAUAUAUAUAUAUUCUAUCUGCCGGCUUUCUUGAGUGUAUUGGCAUGUAUCCCAUGGGGCUUAUGGUAGUGAAACAUAAAUGCAAGGAUUAUGAUUUUUUUUCAUUAUUAGGGUGGAAGAUAUUUCCUUGUGUUUUAGAAAUUGGGAUUUUUUCUCAUCAGUAUUUGAACCAAGAGAGUUUUUUUGGUAAUUACUUUUCUCCAUGUUAUACAGUAUAGAUAUUACUAAUACUAGAGCAGAGGAAACUCUUCCUAAUGAUGUCAUGUUUUUCUCAAAGUUGUUUUGUUAAACCCAAACCUCUUUUCUUUUGUUAUCCAGGCCAUGCAUUGAUUACUUUCACAUAUGUAAAACAUCAAGAUGCGUUCCAUUUACACUUCCUGCCUCAGUGUGUUCAUAUAUGCAUUUUAUUGUGUACAGUAUUUGCAUGUUUGUGCGUGUUGGACACACACAGACACACACACACACACACACACACACACACAACACAUUUACAUGCAGACAUAUGUAAUGUACUUGCAACAUUGUGUACACACACUAUAUAUAUAAAAUUUAAGUAUGCAAAAGUGUGUGGAAAUCUAUCAUGAAAUUCACUCUUCAGAAUAUACUGAAUAUGUGUACUGUACAGUAUUACAGUACAUUGUUGAUAAAGAAUAACAAUAUGUAGCUACUGGAUAACAGAGGUAGUACUGUCUAGUAUGGGUUUCUAGUCUCAUUGGUCUUGAAAUGGCAAAGUCCACAUUCUACAUGUUUGGGGGAAGCAUGACAUAUAUACCCUAAUAAUAAUUCAUCCAAUGGAAGUGAUGUCAGGGCAUAAACAAGCUAUUAAAGGACAUCCCAGGAUUUAUUUAUCAAGGUUUCAAUUCCAAGAAUGUAGUUAUGUUAUCUGAACACGAGAUCACUGUUAUCUUUUUCUUAGAACUACUGUAAAUUGUUGUCCAAAAUAUCAGAACUAGAGAACUUCUUUGGUGGUGUGAUAGAAUGUCAGAACUAGCCAUAAACUCAUUGGUCGUUCAUACCUAAACUGGUGUUCUUUUUCUUUUUUUCUUUUUUUUUCUUUAAUACAGUACUCUGAAUGUGGAAUGUAAGGAACACUAUAACUGAAAUGAGUCAUAUUUGUGAUGAAAGUCUUUCCAGUAAUUUCCAUGCCACCACCAUGGAAUGUAUGAUCGCAAUGUUUUCUGUUGUGAAAAAAUAAUACCCUCUCUCUUCUAUUGAGAUAUGAAACUGAUGAACCAAAUAUUAGUAUUGUGAGAGAGAAAAAGGUGUUGCUUUCUUGUCUUAGCAGAUAAUUUGUCAGGAAGUGGUGAGGAUGUGUUCAUAUGACUGAGACAAAAACUAAAAAAAAAAAAAAAAAAAAGAA